CGAACCGGUCAGUAUCGUUUGUACUGCGCCGAGUUAGCCGUCAUUUUGCCGCGAAUUUAACACGGAUUUCUGCCGUUCUGGUGCACUCGUAUCGGCGUGUUGUCGUUUUCCGCAUAUGGCGCACCAAAACUGCCAUCGAGUCAUAAUGCGAUUGGCGUCCCAAUCUUACAGAGUCGUGUAAUCCGCAAACAAACACUGUGUCGUCGCAGUCUCGUGAUAUUUAAUUGCACGUGCAAAUAACAAUUGCGGAUCUGUACUAUGAACGAGCAAAGGUGCGAGGUGCGCGUUGUCGGCCGAUAAAAAGGAUGGUGACGUGAGAGAUUAUGCCGAGACCUUGUAGAGAGUCCUACGGCGACCAGAAGCCACCGUACAGUUACAUAUCGCUGACGGCAAUGGCUAUUUGGAGCGCGCCGGAAAAAAUGCUGCCGCUGUCCGACAUUUACAAAUUUAUCAGCGAUCGUUUCCCGUAUUACCGAAAGAAUACUCAAAGGUGGCAGAACUCAUUAAGACAUAAUUUGUCGUUCAACGACUGCUUCGUGAAGAUACCUAGGCGUCCAGAUAGACCGGGCAAGGGCGCGUAUUGGGCUCUUCACCCUGCUGCCCUAGACAUGUUUGAAAACGGUUCGUUUCUAAGGCGCCGCAAGAGGUUUAAAUUGCCUGCAGCCGAUCGUGCACUACUCGAAGCCACUUUUGGGAGAAGAUCGUCGGAAUCACCUCAACUGCCCCCCGUUAAUGCAAACACAACAGUGCCGGCGGAACAGCAUUCGAUAUUGUCGUCCCCGUCGACAACUACAACAGCCCAAAAUAAACCUAAACUAUUCAGCAUAGAGAGUAUUAUUGCUCCGCGCUCCAGCCACCCGGCCGCCGAGGUCAUCAGUACCGCCGCCGAGUCGCCUCCUCUACCGCAGCCACUGCUGGUGACCGACCGUCCACCAUAUCCACCGCCGGUAUGUCUGCCACCUACACACCGACCUCUCGUGCAGGAUCACACAGUCGGUUACGCAGCCCUAUACGCCGCUGCUCUACAAGGACUGCUGCAGCAACCGUUUGCAGCGGCCGCAGCAGCAGCAGCAGCCGCCAAUGUUUUCCCCGGAUCAUCCGCUCCAUUGCCGCCGUUCCACCACUAUACUCAUUCAAUACCGUCGUUUACUCAACUGUCAAACUUCACAAACUUGGACUGCGGUACGGCCUGGAAACUAUGAUAAGUCCUUUUAAUUUUCCGGAAAGAAGACGAGACGAAGCGUAAAAUCUGCGAAGCUUUUUCAAAUCGAAUAAUUUAAAUGUACAUGAUUUAUGUGAAAGUGUCGCAUGGCACAACUUCUCGUACAUCAUAGAUAAUUGAUUGUAUUAUUUGUUUUGAUUAUGUAUACUAAAAUGAUUAGCAGAAAUAAUGUAUCCGAGACGAAUGUUGUAAUUUAUGUAUGUUUAUUUAUAUCAUAUUUGUAUAAUAUGUGUUAAUAAUUAUGAUCAGCAUACUGAUGUUUGAAUAAAAUUAUUAUUUAUUAUGUAAAAAUAAAAUAGAUAAGUUGAAAUAAAAAAUGUAAUUUGAAGUUGAA